AUGACAUUUUCGACGCUUUUAACUUCUCUUCUAUUCAUUUUGCGGGUAUAUUCUGCACCUGCUGGGACUGGUAUCUCCUCUGCAUACGAUAGUACCCCAACUGUUCCCUAUGCGAGCAACGACCCCAACUACCCUCUUUGGCAUUCUGGUACAAAUCCCUCCUCAAAGGAGAUAACGGGGAUCGUGGUCAACGACGGACCUGAAGCUGUUCGCGGGUCAUUGGGUUCAAGCGUAGUUGGACCCCAAAACGUCGUCCUAGAUCUGCAGAACCCGGAUGCACUUGCGCCACCUACCACCGACAACGGCGACAUUCCCUUCUUCAAGUGGCCUUUCUCGCUGAGCCAUAAUCGGCUGCAAACUGGUGGAUGGGCACGUCAGCAGAACAUUCAGCAGAUGCCAGUAGCAACCGACUUGGCUGGAGUUGAUAUGCGUCUGGAACCAGGAGCCAUCCGCGAGAUGCACUGGCACAAAGACGCCGAAUGGGCGUACGUUCUGAAAGGAAAUCUUCGCGUUAGCGUCGUCACUCCAAAAGGCGAAUCCUACGUUGGCGAUGUGGGCGAAGGGGAUUUAUGGUACUUCCCUCGUGGAUUUCCUCACAGCAUCCAGGCCACCAACUCCACCCACGGAGCCGAGUUCUUGCUCGUAUUCGACAGCGGCUCCUUCUCCGAAGACGACACGUUCUUACUCACGGACUGGCUCGCACACGUCCCGAAGGAGGUCAUCGCGAAGAACUUCCAGGUUGAUAUAUCAGCCUUCGACCACAUUCCUUCGCAUGAGCUGUACAUCUUCCCAUCUUCUCCCCCACCUGAGUCGCUUUCAGAAGACGAGGUUGUUCCGAAUAACACGCCGGCCCCGUUCACUUUCCCGCUUUCUCAGGUCAAUGCCACGAGGCACUCCGGCGGUAGUUUCAAGGUCGUGGAUGCGCGAACCUUCAAUGCGUCCACGACUAUUGCUGCCGCUGAAGUCGAAGUCGAAGUAGGUGGUAUGAGAGAGCUGCACUGGCAUCCAACCCAGCCUGAGUGGACGUACUUCAUAUCGGGCCAGUCCCGCGUCACGGCGUACGCUGCUUCAGCACAAGCCAACACAUUCGACUUCAACCCUGGAGAUAUUGCAUACAUACCUCCAUCCUAUGGUCACUACAUCGAAAACACCGGCAACACCACCCUGAAGUUCUUGGAGAUCUUCAAGUCCGACCGUGUUCAAGACAUCUCCCUCAACCAGUGGCUUGCGCUGACCCCACCGAACCUUGUCAAGGCGCAUCUUGGACUCGACGACGACACCAUCUCGCGUCUGUCGAAGAUCAAACAGGAGGUCGUAGGACCCGCGUCCGGUGGCCAGGAGCCGAUUGGGAGCAACUGA